AUGCCUGAAACUUCCUUUGGAGACAAACAAGAGCUGCCCCUUUCCAACUUCCAGAAGCCGAAUUUGCUGCUCCAAAAAGAAAAAAACGAGGACACUCAACUGUGGAGGACGUUACUGAAGGAGAAGGAACAAGGGUUGAAACCCAUAACUCAAUUCUUUCACUGUAAAACCCAAGUUUUGAAGAACUUGCAGAACUCUUCUUCAACUCCAAUUGCGAUGGUAUCAAUAAUCUAUGUGAGUAAAAUGGUUGGGGACUCAAAGGAGAACGAUGAUUGUGUAAUUGCUGAUGAAAUGAUUUACAUACCUGAAGUCAGAAAUGAGGAAAGACCAAAAGUUGGGAUGAAGUUCGAUUCACUUGAUUUUGUUUAUGAUUUCUACAAUAGAUAUGCUUUAUCGGCUAAAGUCAGAAAUGAGAAAAUUGGUUUUACCAAAAAGGAUAUUUACAAUUUUGAAUAUUAUGAGAGUAGCCUGAUGAAGAACCAUGAUGUUGAACUAGUGACUGAGUAUUUUUUAGCUGAACAUAAAAACAAUAGAUCAUUUUAUUUCAAGAUUGAGGGAGAUUUCAAUGACAGGCUUACUCGAUGUUUUUGGGCAGAUGCAACUUCUAAACGAGCAUACGGAUUUUAUGGAGAUGUUGUCGUGCUCGAUACCACAUUCAACACGAACCGAUAUGGCUUGCCAUUUGCACCAAUGUUGGGGGUUAAUAACCAUGGUCAGACAAUUGUUUUAGCUUGUGCAUUUUUAAGUAAGGAAACGACUGAGUCAUUUAUUGGGAUGUUUGAGGAGUUUAAGAAAGCCAUGCCAGGUGGUGAGCCACAAAUGAUCAUUACAGAUCAAGAUGCAGCUAUGGCUAGAGUGAUUUUUGAAGUAUUCCCCACUACAUUUCAUCAACUUUUCAUAUGGCACAUCACAACCAAGUUCUCUGAUAAACUACCAUGGACUGCUUAUGAGGAAUAUUGA